AUGUCUGCUCCGCUCGGGCCCCGGGGCGGCCCGGCCGCUCCUCCUGCAGCGGCUGACCUACCGGAGAUGCCGGACCUGAGCCACCUAACAGAGGAGGAAAGAAAGAUCAUCCUCUCUGUCAUGGACCGACAGAAGAAGGAAGAGGAGAAGGAGCAGUCCAUGUUGAAGGAGAAAGAAGAACCAAAGCCUCAGCCAUCUCAGUGGAAUCCCUUUAGUGGGAUCAGUGAGCUGGUUAACAAUGUCCUUCAGCCCCAGUCAAAGUCCCCGAGCGAGGAGGAGCCCAAGGCGAAGCUGCACCAGCAGUUUGAGAUGUAUAAAGACCAGGUGAAGAAGAUUGGGGAAGAGGCUCAGAAGAGCCAGGAGCAGAAGGGCGAUUCUCCCACCUGUGGGAUCUGCCACAAAACCAAGUUUGCCGACGGCUGCGGCCAUGUCUGUUCUUAUUGCCAAACAAAGUUCUGCGCUCGCUGCGGAGGACGAGUAUCUCUUCGCUCAAACAAGGAGGACAAAGUGGUGAUGUGGGUAUGCAACCUGUGCCGAAAACAACAAGAAAUCCUCACAAAGUCCGGGGCCUGGUUCUACAGCGGUGCUGAGGGCCGUAGGUUAGGGCCCCAGGCCAAAAGGCAAGGGGGCCCUGCGGGGCCUUCAUCCAAUCCACAAGACCCCCUCCGAAACGGUUCAGGCUCUCUCCUCGACAGAACGAAAAUGCAGUUUGAGACAUUGCGACAGUUUUGUAGCUCUGUUUUAUCCCAUUUUAACGGAGCCUUCACGCCACCUCAGAACAUCUUGCAGACAGAGCUGUUGGAGCAAGCGCUUAACAUCGGAAGGAAAAGAAGUCCAUCUGCGACCAGGGAUCCAAACCAAGUGUAUAACCAAAGGGAGGGGGGAGGCUCGCAGUAUGCGCCGGUGGAUGGCGGCAUGCCUCGUUCUCCGUCCGACUACGGACGGGACCCUCGACGGACAUCGCGGGACUCCAGGAUGUACAACGACUCGGGAGGAUACUGGGAUUCCAGGGGCCGUUGGCAUUCCCAGGACCACCAGCUGGACGCGGAGCUAGAUGACUACGAGCUUCAGCGGCGGCGUGAGGAGGAGUACCAGGCCCGUUACCGUAGUGACCCUAACCUGGCUCGUUACCCGGUGAAGCCGCAGCCCUAUGAGGAACAGAUGCGCAUCCAUGCCGAGGUGUCGCGGGCGCGGCACGAACGUCGCCAUAGCGAUGUUUCGCUGGCUUACACCGAGCUCGACGACCUUCAGGGCCACGCAGGACGCCAGUCCCGCCCGCCCCUCGUCGGAGGCCCCGGCCAGCGCUCCUAUUCGGUGGACAGGACGUCACCGGGUCCGCGGACGUCCAACCACAGCCCUCCCACCCCCCACCGGAGCCCCGUCCUGGGGGAGGGGCGAAGGGGGCUCGGGGAACCCGCGCGGAAGCCCGUUCCCCAGCAGCACCACCUCGACCCGAGUUCGGCUAUGCGCAGGAACAAGCGAGAGAAAAUGGACAGCAUGCUGAGGAACGACUCGCUCAGCUCGGACCAGUCGGAGUCCGUCCGACCUCCCCCGCCCAGGCCCCACCGCAGCAAACGCAUGGGCAAGCUGAGGCAGCUGGGUAGUUUCAGCAGCUCGGAGGAAGAGCUGGCCACCACGCCGGAGUACACCAGCUGCGAAGACGUGGAGCUGGAGAGUGAGUCCAUCAGUGAGAAAGGAGAUAUGGAUGGCCACUGGUGGGACCAUGCGUCUUGGCAUAAUGACUCCGCCCCUAUGUCUAUGCACCCGGUGACAUGGCAACCGUCCAAAGAUGGCGAACGCCUAAUAGGGCGGAUACUGCUAAACAAGCGGAUGAAAGAUGGAACCGUGCCCAGAGACACUGGGGCGCUGUUGGGCCUGAAGGUGGUUGGAGGGAAAAUGACAGAGUCUGGUAGACUUUGUGCUUUCAUCACUAAAGUGAAGAAGGGAAGUCUAGCAGACACUGUUGGUCACCUCCGACCAGGCGAUCAGGUUCUGGAAUGGAAUGGUAGAGUCUUGCAAGGAGCCACAUUCAAGGAAGUUUACAAUAUCAUUCUAGAAUCCAAGCCAGAACCCCAAGUGGAGCUGGUCGUCUCCCGCCCCAUUGGUGAUAUCCCUAGAAUACCAGAGAGCACACAUGGACAGCUCGAAUCAAGUUCGAGUUCCUUUGAAUCCCAGAAAAUGGGACCGUCCAUCUCAGUCACCUCCCCCAUGAGUCCCGGCAUGCUCCGGGACGCCCCCCAGUACCUAUCAGGACAGCUGUCAGUAAAAUUAUGGUAUGACAAAGUGGGACACCAGCUCAUCGUCACAAUCCUGGGAGCGAAAGAUCUGCCUUCGAGGGAGGACGGGCGGCCGAGGAAUCCCUACGUCAAAAUCUACUUCCUGCCCGACAGAAGUGAUAAGAGCAAGAGGAGAACGAAAACGGUGAAGAAGUCCCUGGAACCCAAGUGGAACCAGACCUUCAUGUAUUCGCCGGUGCACAGACGGGAAUUCAGGGAACGCAUGUUAGAGAUCACGCUAUGGGACCAAGCACGGGUUCGAGAGGAGGAAAGCGAGUUCCUGGGGGAGAUCCUGAUUGAGCUGGAGACGGCUCUUCUGGACGACCAGCCUCACUGGUACAAGUUACAGACGCACGACCUGUCCUCCAUACCUCUGCCCAACCCCUCUCCGCACAUGCAGAGACGACUUCUGCACGGAGAGAGCCCCACACGCAGGCUACAGAGAUCACAGCGUAUCAGUGACAGUGAGUUCUCUGAUUAUGACUGUGAGGACGGAAUUGGUGUCAUAUCAGAUUACAGACAUAACGGCAGGGAUUUCCAGAGCUCCACGCUUUCGGUCCCUGAACAGGUCAUGUCGUCCAAUCACUGCUCUCGCUCAGACAUGAUCCGAACGCGAUCGCGGUCGCCAAGCGUUCCUCCUCCACAGAGCCGGAGUUUAGACCAUGGCGUGCGGGGUGGACCCUCGCUCUAUGGCUCUGGCCGAAUAGACCGUCAUCGGCUGUCCGAAGACAGAUACUCACCUGACAGAGCUCGCGUGUGUGAAUGCAUGGUGGACAGGCAUGAUUAUCAUAGGUCCAGGUCAGCUGACCAGCGGCCUAUGAUGGAUCGUCCUAUGUACACCCGCUCUCGAUCCACGGAGCGUCCCGAAUCCGGCUACAUGAGAUCAAUGCCAUCCUUACCAUCUGGACGAUCUGCCCCUCCCUCACCUGCCUUAACGAGAGCGAACCCCCGGGCGGGAUCUGUGCAAACCAGCCCAAACAGUACCCCGGUGUCCGGUCGGAGAGGUCGGCAGCUACCGCAGGUCCCACCGAAAGGAUCGCUGGACAGAAGUGCUAUGAAGGACCCUCAGUCCAAACGGGGAUUAGACAGCCUCUCCAUGAAGUCGUCGGACAGCGAUGUAAGCGACGUGUCCGCUAUGUCGAGCGCGUCUCGGCUUAGCAGCACGAGCUACAUGUCUGUCCAGUCAGAGAGGGCGCGAGGAAACCGCAGGAUCAGUGACUUUACAUCUAAAAUCAAAAACAGGCAAACGGGUAACGCGGGGACCAACAUGACCAAGAGCUCGAGCGUCGGGGGGGACAUGUGCUCCCUGGGGAGGAACGAUGACGAUGAAGACGACAAGAAGAGGCGAUCCAGCUUCGGUGCCAAAAUGGCGGCCAUGGUCGGGCUGGGGAAGAAGAGUCAGAGCACCUCUCAGCUGGAUCCGGAGGAGGAGGGAAAGAAGAAAAAGCCUGUUCGUUUGGCCAUCCAGAGGAGUGUAGAAACAGGACUAGCUAUUGAGAUGAAGAGCAGGAUGACACGGCAGCCCAGCCGAGAGUCCACAGAAGAGGGCGAGAAAGCCAAGCCUGGGAAUCUUAUCUUCCCUGGGGUAAAGAUCUCUUCAGACAGCCAGUUCACCGAGUUCUUGGAUGGAUUAGGCCCCGCCCAACUCGCAGGGAGACAGACGCUGGCCACGCCUCCAAUGGGUGAUAUCCAGAUUGGAAUGAUCCAUAGGAAAGAGAGGCUGGAUGUUGAAGUUAUUCGAGCCAGAGGCCUGGUGGGUAAACCAGGCAACAAACAGACGCCAGCUCCCUACGUCAAAGUCUACCUCCUAGACAACGGGAAAUGUAUAAACAAGAAGAAAACGAGACUGGCUCGGAAAACGCUGGAUCCUCUUUACCAACAACAGCUUCAGUUUGAGGAGAACCCAGAGGGAAAGGUUUUACAGAUUAUCGUAUGGGGGGACUACGGACGAAUGGACCACAAAUCCUUCAUGGGUGCCGCUCAGAUUCUUCUAGACGAUUUAGAGUUGACCAACAUGGUGAUUGGCUGGUACAAGCUUUUCCCUCCCACCUCGUUGGUGGAUCCGACUUUGGCACCGUUAUCUAGUAAAGCUUCUCAAUCAUCACUGGACACUUCCAAUGUUCGGUCGUAG